GUACUUUAAUUUUUCGUCCGAUGUUCAGCGCCUGUUUUUUUUUGCUGCACGUUUGGUGACAGUUAGGUAGCUAUCUUAAAUGUAUAUUUUGGCGUUUUUAAAACUUUAGAUUUAAUGUUUGCCAAGAUUAGGUCAACAUUGAAUAUCCUCCCGACGUCUGACUCAUGUUUAGACGACAAAGCGGAAGUAUCUCAUUACUUAGCGAGCUAGAUUGUUUCAUAGCUAAAGUUGAUAAAAGAUAUUUUAAACAUGGCAGCGGACGAUGCCCCUGGUUUAGAGUUCAUGGACUGGGAACUUGACACUUCGACAUGUAACGGUCUGAAACAGGAGAAACAACUUUCUGCCUCACAAAGAAGGUGCUACAGCCUCUGCAGGAGGAAGUCAUUUGCUGCCUUUGUGGCGUCCAAGAGGGAGGGCGGUCAGGAAGGAGAAAGCACAUCUUGGUGCUGCUGUGGCCGGACUUUCAAGGAACACCCUGCCAUUCACAAACAUGUGGCCUGGACUCAUGAUGCUGAAAUAAAGCAGCUCACACGUGCCGCAUACGAGCAUUUGUUAAGCCAGUUGGACGAAGAAGAACCUGAAACACAACAGACGACUGAGCGUAAGGCCGAGCCGGUGGACGUGUCUGCAUGGUUACCUGAAACUAGUCACAUCUCUGAGGAGCAACUUCAAAAUGGUCCAGGCAAGGUCCUCCUCUAUUAUCAUUACUGUCAAGUGGAGGAUCCACAUGUUAUCUGUGCUUGGCAGAAAGCUUUGUGUGAGAAGCUCCACUUAACUGGCAAGGUGAGGGUGGCGACUGAAGGCAUCAAUGGAACAGUUGGCGGCACCAAUAUGGCCACUGAUGUUUACAUCAACGCAAUGUGUUCAAACCCCUACUUCAAGAUGGACAAGGAGGACUUUAAGACAAGUGAUGGCGGCGCAGCGUGUUUUAAAGACCUGAGGGUCGGGGUCUAUAAGGAAAUCGUCCCAAUGGGAAUGGAUCCUGAUGUUGUUUCCUACCAACUGGCAGGUGUUCAUUUGGAACCAGAGGAGUUUCAUAAAGAAGUGCAGGCUCUGUUGGUCAAAGGGGACUUAUGCAAUGACACCGUCCUCCUGGACUGCCGCAAUUUUUAUGAGAGUAAAAUUGGGCAGUUUACUCAGUGUCUGGCCCCGAGCAUCCGUAAGUUCAGCUACUUCCCCGACUACGUUGACCAAAACCUUGAACUGUUCAGAGACAAGAAGGUCUUGAUGUACUGCACAGGAGGGAUCCGCUGUGAGCGCGGCUCUGCGUACCUCCGCUCCAAAGAUGUGUGUAAAGGGGUUUACCAGCUGAAAGGGGGAAUCCACAAGUAUCUGGAGCGAUUCCCAGAGGGUUUCUAUCGAGGGAAACUUUUUGUGUUUGAUGAACGCUACGCCAUCUCCUCCAACGAUGACAUCAUCUCAGACUGCAGGUACUGCGGCUGUCCCUGGGACCAGUACAAACUCUGUUCCACCAAGUUGUGCUGUCAGCUGGUCCUGUCCUGUCCCGGCUGCAGACGGGACGGAUGCACCGCUUGCUGCCCCACUUGCCAAAUCAAAGGACAUGCUCAGAGCAAGGCAUCCGUCACUGUUCCACCUCACAAAGAGGAGUGCGAGUGCACUGAAGGACGUCCCAGAAUCCCUCGGGAUGUGUAGCGACAGAAUGCCUACGAUUGGACAUUAGUGCUCGCAGCCACUUGAAAAAUCCUGCCUGUCAGGGGUUGACCACAAUGUACAACUACAAUAAGUGGAAGGUGCCCAGUGUAUUUUAAAGUCAUGAAUUUUUUUUUAAAUAUGAAUGUGGAAAACUAAGUCAGA